CACAUCUCAAACUCAGAGAACCUCUACAGGGUGUCUGUACACAUUUCAUCUCACUCCUAUCUGACGAGACCCUUUUGAACCUCAUACACGCCAUCGGGAUCCGCAAAACCGUCAAGGCAGAAAGGAUUUCACGUCUCAGACUCACUCACACCCACGCAGCUGCCUACCCUAACAUGGCGCCGACUCGGUCAACAACACAAGGCCAGGCUGGCAGAGAUAAUCCACCCUCAAAAAGACAGUCGUCUUCCACUAUGACCAAGUUGCCUCGGCUGCCUGAAGGCUCCAAGAUUCAAAAGCGUGCCUUGCCUCGCCGUCAACAACCCAACUCAUCAAAAUCACAACUCAUCUACGUGUCAGCAUCAACACCAUUCAUGUCAGCAGUCUCACGUGUCCGCAAGCAACUGGACAAGUCCCUCAAAGGCAACGCUCCGUCAACGAGGGGCAUGAACCUCAACCAGCGCAUCGACCUGCUCCAUCGCGACAACGGCACCAAAGGAGGAAAUGGAGAGGCUAUCGUGCUCGGCACAGGCAGAGCAAUUGAGAAGGUUCUCAGUAUUGCGGCAUGGUUCACAGAGCAGAGCGACUGCGAGGUCGAGGUGAGAACCAAGACCGUGGGCACGGUUGACGAUGUGGUGCUCGAGGAAGAGGAUGAGGGAUUCGGGGAGGAGAGUCGUGUGAGGAAGAUCAGCUGCCUCGAAGUUACUGUGAGGCUUCGGUGA